AUGUACGGUUUUGUCUUCCGAAUCUUCUGGCUUGCCGGAGGCCUCAGACUGAACUCCCGGCUCCGCGUGCCUGACCACUGGGAGAGCUGGAAGACGGAGGCGGAGAGGCAGGAGCUUAUCCAAGUGAUGAGACAGACGGAGGUCAAUAGACCAGAGACACCUUCGUACGUCCUUCAGGCGUUCCUAAAGGCGAAAUCGAAGUGA